AUGCUCUUGUGUAUUAAAUACUCAGAUACUUUCAGCGUCUGGUUCAGUUUGAUGCUGCAGGAAGAAGAAGAAGAGACGCGGACUGCAAACUCAGCCAUGUUUGGUCAGAGAUCAUCGUUAGCGGCUCUGCUCGCUGUCGCUGUUGGAGUUUAUCUGCUGCCUUCACCCAUCGACCCCAAACCACACGUACUGAAGGGACCUCCUCCGGCCCUCGAGGGCCCGCUGGCCGUCAACACCCGCCUGCAGAAGGGCCGCCGGCUGUUCACGGGGAAACUACACGGACCAGAAUCCUUCACUGCUGACGAGGAGGGUAACGUGUACACGGGGACGGUGGACGGGAAGCUGUGGAGGAUCGGUCCUGAUGACAGCCUCACCUUCAUCACACAGAUGGGACAGAGUUUACCUGAAUGUGGCAGCAGUACAGACUACGAGCCUGUUUGCGGUCGUCCUCACGGCGUUCGUCUGGAUCGUCGUGGUCAGCUGAUCGUCGCUGACUCUUACUUCGGGCUGCACAGCGUCGACCCCAGAACUGGAGAAAAGACUCUGCUGGUGUCUAACUCACAGGGUGCUGGCGGCGUUCCCUUCGCCUUCCUGAACGGUCUGGAGAUUUCCUCCCAAACUGGGAUCAUUUAUUUCACCGACUCGUCCAGUCGUUGGGGGCGCAGACACGUCAAACUGGAGGUGAUCGAGCUCAACAGCCUCGGUCGUCUUCUGUCCUUCGACCCUCGGACAGGAAGCGUGAACGUCCUGCUGGACUCGCUCUACAUGCCCAACGGCAUCGCCCUGUCACCUGACGAACACUUCCUGCUGCUGGCAGAGACGAGCAUCGGACGCAUACUGAGAUUUUGGCUGAAGGGCCCGCAGGCCGGUACCAAGGAGGUCGUCAUGGACAACAUGAUCGGUUACCCUGACAACAUCCGCCUUAGCGACCACGGGACAUUCCUGGUUGGCAUAACAACGACGCGGUUCAGGAAGGUCACGCCUCCCUUCCUGGACACGAUCGCCCCGUACCCGGCUGUCAAACGCCUCCUCGCCAAGCUGGUUCCUCUGAGCUGGUUCAGCCUCCUGCUGCCUCGCUACGCUCUCGUCCUGGAGCUGGGAUCGGACGCCCAGAUCGUGGGAACGCUGCACGACCCUGAAGGCCGCCUGACCUGGGCCAUCAGCGACGUCUUCCAGCACCGAGGGAGGACGUACCUGGGCAACACCGACCUGCCGUUCCUGCCCGUCCUGGAGGGCUGGGAGAGCUGAUGAAGGACAAAAGCUGAGUCAUCUUUAGUUUCUGUAAAUAUUCGAGCUGCUGCGAGGACUUUUCACAUUUUUAAGGUUUUUAGUCGACUCUACCUCUGGAGCCACACGUGGACGUUACAGUGAUCAAACCUGCACAUUAACCCACUGAUGUACACGUUUUACUCUAAAGUCCGACUUUAACUCUUAAUUUUCAUUUUUAUUUAAACUUUUUACGUGAAAUUACAUUUUUUAACCCAAAAUCCUGACUUUAUAUUUUACUCUAAAUUACGACUUAAUUCUCACAUGACAACUUUACUUAAAAUGCCGACUUUAUUCUCCUAACAUCACGUUUUUAUCUGUAAUCACGAUUUUAUUGUUGUGAAACAUUAACUUUAUUAGAAAUGACAACUUUUUACUUCAUUAUAACUUCAUCCCGUAACACUCAUCUUUUUAAAAUCACUUUUUACUCGAAAUCACAAUUUUAUUGUUGUUGAACAUCAACUUUUUCCUUGCGAUUGAGUUUCAUCGUCAAUAUUUUGACUUUUUUUUUCUUGUAAAGUUGCAAAUUUUCACUUGAAAUUUCAUUUUUUCACUCAAAAUUGUGACUUUAUUCUUUUAACAUUUUGACUUUUUACUCUAAAUUACGACUUAAUUCUCACAUAACUUAACUUGAAAUUGACAUUACCAGAUUUUGAUGUCCCCUCUCCGUGCGCCUAGUAUGUGGCGAGAUCAGAAACUGAAAUAAAACUGUGAUAAAUGAACUGAGCAGGAGCUGCUGUGAUAUUCUGUGAAUCUCUUUUAUUUGGACAAAAAACACUCACACAAGCCUAAAAUACAUCAUCAUCAUCAAAAACUCUGAAAAAUAAAACUUAGGGUUCCAAAAAACAAACGACAACAAAACAGUUCUGACAGAUCGGAAAGUGCAUCAGUGAAUCGAAACAUCGUUCUGAAGAGCAAACGUGUCGUGUUGAGCCCCGCGGGUUUCCAUCACAGGACUUUAAAUUUCAGUGUUGACGCGUUAAACUCAACAAACGGACUACAGAGGAAGAAAGAGCUGUCUGAGCGAAUUAUCCAAGAACAACAACAACAACAGUAGCCGUGGAACAAAUGGAUAAAAAUCAUUGAAUCACAAUAAACAGCCAGUUUGUCAGUAAGAAAAUAAUUCACAAUCAAAAAAAACAAGAACACACAAAAAGAUGUCAUGCAGAUGAACCGACCUCGUGUCACUUUAAUACUCUCUAAGUCUCCAGAUCAGAUCUUCGGCUGGAUGUUCAGAAUCUGCAGAUUUGAUCUAAAUCAACCUUCUGAAAAUAUGAAAUCGCUGCAGAAGAAAACGUAGAAAUGAAGAUUUUUGUGUUUCAACAGUGACCAAAAUUUCAAGGCAGGGCCACAAAACUAAUUAUCGUUUGUCUAAAUGUUGCGUAUGUCAUCAGCAUAAAAAAUAAAAAAACAGUUCCCUUAAAGUUUGAAGAAUUGAAAAAUCCUGUUUAUCAAAUAUAGAUUCUUGUAUUUCAGUCGAUCAUUGAUCAAAUUAAACAUUUUAUUUGGCCUUUUUUAAAAAGUUCUCACAUCCAACCCAUGAAAUCAAAAAUCUAUUAAAACUAACCGAAGCGCUGAUGACGGGAAAAUUACUUUAUUUGGCAUUUUCUCUCUGUAAAGUUUCCGUUUCUUUCUUCCCGUUUGGAAGUUUCUCUCCGUGCUGAACCGAUGAUUCAAAACUGGUUCAGUGAAACGCUACAAACGUGAAAUACUGGAUGUAAGUCGUCAAAUUUAACGAACUAACUUGUGUUUUUCUAAAUAAACUCAGUGUGAAAUGGAUUAAAAUCCAAAGAGGCGUUUAACAAGGUGACGAUCAGUGAAUGAAAAAGGUGCCUCAACACUUCUCACAGUUAAAUCACUGCAGCUUCGGCCGUUUAAAUCAGAUUUGUUCAUUUAAUUUAAUGAUCUGACGACUAUUUUUACUCCCAGAAGUCUCUUCUUAGUAAAAAUAUCUCCGACCAUGAGUUGCGUACGUUUAAAUGAGAUGAUCCGAGAACAAGCGGUCACGUACGGAGGCAAACUGAUCAGUGAUAAGUAAUAAGAAGUAAUCUGUCUCCAUCACUAGGCACUGACUUCUGUGAGAUCAGACCUCUAGGUGGCGCUGUCUUACUCUCUGUUCAUGUUUACUUCAGGUCUGAUCGCUUCACUCUUUAAUCCGAUGAAUAUUCGCUGAACAGAAGGUAACGUGAGCGUAAUGCGAGUUUGUGGUGCGGUCGGUCGGUCCAGUUAUUACGGUAAGUUAUACGUAUAUACUGUAUUUAUUUAUCAUUAACAACAAAUAAAUCACUAAUCUUGAUUUGUUUAGUAAAAACGCUCAAAUCUUUCUGGAAAUUAAUUUUCAGAUUUUGAGAAUUUUCUUGUUUUUCUUAAAAAAAUUUGUAAAUUUUUUUUGGAUUUGUUGACUUUAAAAAAGUUUGAUGGACAUGUUAUACUUGAUAUUUUCUACACUAAAUGUUAAACUUAAAAUGAAAUCUCUAGAAAGUUACUACUGUCCAUAAUACGUGUUUCUAUCCAUUUUUAAGUCAAUUUAAAAUAACAAAAAAUGGUUUUUACCCUCAGCGAACACGGAAAGUUUAAAAUAAUUAGAUAAAAUAAGUUCAAUGGAUGAACGAUGAACCAGCUGUCGAUAUUAACGUUACAGUAGUGGACAGAAAUUCACGUAAUUUGAUUUUUUGUUUUGUAGAUUUUUCACCACGUGGACGCGAACCGAGCUGCAGUGAAGGUCAAAGGUUAGGAGCUUGUGUAAAGUGAAAUGUUGAUGAACUCUUGAAGACCAACCGAACACACCAAGGCUAAAGACUGGAUUUAGUUCGAAACAUGAAUUUAUAAUAUAAUAAACUGUGUACUUUUUUUCUGACGGCGCAGACACUCACAAAAA